UAUUUUAUUAUGGAGAGCGGAAGUGGGGUACCACCUCCUCACCAGCUUGACGUCAUGUUGCAGCUGUACUGGGCUAACAUGGACGUCACAUGUCAGAGAACGACAUAAACAUGAUCCUCCGAGCAGCGGACUGCAGGACAACCCAGCACAGACGACACGUGGAGGUCAGACCAGCGGCAUGACCGAGGAGAAAUGUCCUCAGCUGGUGGACUACUUUGUAGUGGCGGGUCUGAACCCUGCAGGACCGUGGAAGUCCCUGGACGAAGAUGCCAAGACCUCCUCCUCCUCCUCGUCACCCACAUCGUCCUCCGCGUCGGUCCGAGCCGUGGAGCCGGUGACAGACCUGGCCGUGAUCGCCCGGGGGCUCGGGGAGGAGGUGCCGGAGGGCUUCACUUGCAUCGAGAAGACUCUGGGCGGCCACUCUGCGGAGCUGAGUGCCGGCCUCAUCAACAAUCCUCACCUGUACCUGUGCUACCGCAGAGGACGCGACAAACCUCCCGUCCUGGACCUCGGGGUUCUGUAUGAGGGCAAGGACGCGCUGAAGCAGGGGUGGUACGUCAUCGACACCACGCCCUACAGCCGCUCAGCCAGCCUGAGUUCUGGCAGCGGCCCGACUGCUCACCGGGUUUUCCUGACCUACCGACGCGCCCUGGACUCGCAGGCUCUGCACACAUUGGGUGUCACGGACAUUGCGCUGCUGCUGCCCAGCAAGGGAGAGGUCGCCCCGCACACGUUCUGCCGCGUGGACAAGAACCUCAACACGGGCAUGUGGGGUCCUGCUCUGUACGUCUGCUACAAACGUGCCGUGGCUAAAGCUAACGCUCUGGUCUACGAGGCAGGUCUCAUCAGUCGCUACCCUGAAGAGGACCUUGAGUCAUUCCCUCUGCCAGAGUCGGUGCCGGUCUUCUGUCUGCCGAUGGGCGUGGCUGUGGAGAGCUGGCCUCUCAACACCAAGUACCAGCUGCCCGUCUUCUCCACCUUCGUCCUCACCUCUGCGUCUGGGGACAAGGUCUACGGCGCCGCCAUCCAGUUCUACGAGUCGUACCCGCGGGAGAAGCUGUUGGAGCGUCAGAGCGUUCGGCUGGGUCUGCUCAGCGUGGUGGACCGCCGACCCAUCACCAACCGCAGCCUGCAGGUGAAGAAGAGCAUCUGCGUCUUGUCGCACUGGCCCUUCUUCAACGUCUUCCAGAAGUUCCUCACCUUCGUGUACAGAUACUCCAUCUCUGGACCUCACGUGCUGCCGUUGGAGAAACACAUCUCCAGCUUCAUGCACAACGUCCCGUUUCCUUCGCCACAGAGACCUCGCAUCCUGGUUCAGCUCUCCCCGUACGACAACCUGCUGCUCUGUCAGCCCGUCUCCUCUCCACUCCCGAUCAGUGGCGCCAGCUUCCUGAAGCUGCUGCAGAACCUCGGCCCAGAAAACGCUUGCACACUGCUGCUGGCCGUUCUGACCGAACACAAGCUGCUGCUGCACUCCUUGCGGCCCGACGUGUUGACGUCCGUCAGCGAGGCUCUGGUUUCGAUGAGCUUCCCGCUGCGCUGGCUCUGCCCCUACAUCCCGCUGUGCCCGCUGCAGAUGGCCGACGUGCUGUUGGCGCCCAUGCCCUUCAUCGUGGGAGUCCACUCAAGCUACUUCGACCUAUACGACCCCCCGACGGACGUGGUGUGUGUGGACCUGGACACCAACACCAUCUUCCAGUCUGAAGAUAAAAAGCCGCUGUCAUGGCGGUCGCUGCCGAGGAAGCACGGCAAGACUCUGUUCAACACUCUCACCGGCCUGCACAGGACGCUGGAGAAGAUUUGCACUCCCGGCCAGGAGGAGGCGACGCUGGAGUUCCUGCUGACAGAUUAUGACCAGAUAUACCGGCGGCAGAAGCAGCUGGAGCUGGAGAUCCAGGAGGCCUUCCUGCGUUUCAUGAGCUGCCUGCUGAGAGGAUACCGGACCUUCCUGCUGCCAAUCACGCAAGCGCCGUCCGACACCGCCACCGACUGCAGUUCCCUGUUCAACCUGCAGGGCUUCCUGAAGUCCCGGGACCGGACGCAGCAGAAGUUCUAUAGCCAGAUGACAAGGACUCAGAUGUUCACGCAGUUCAUCGAGGAGUGCUCCUUCGUCAGUGACCGUCACGCCUGCCUGGAGUUCUUUGACGAGUGUGUGCAGAAGGUGGACGUGGAGAAGCCUGAAGAGGUCCGGCUCAUCGACCUGGAUGAGACUCACAGCGGAGAACACACGGUCUUCAUCAUGCCACCUGAGGAGCCGCAAGAGGCCGACGGCUCCGAGUGCCCCGCCCUCUACAGUUACGAGACCUUCCCCACCCUGAGGGUGGAACUCUUCGACCGGCCGCAGGACCAACUCCGUGUCCCAGCCAAGGGCAGCGCCCCCAGCAGCCCCGCCCCCAGACGCACCAAACAGGAGAUCAAGCUGGCACAGAAGCGGGCCCAGAAGUACUCGGCUGUGCCAGACAUGUGGUCCAAGUGUCUCCUGGGCCACUGCUACGGCCUGUGGUUCAUCUACCUGCCCACCUUCGUCCGCGCUGAGACCGCCAAAGUGCGGGCUCUGCACACAGCCUACGAUGUCCUCAAACACAUGGAGAACCGCAAGGUGGUCCUGCCAGACGAGGUUUGUUACCGGAUCCUCAUGCAGCUCUGCGGCCAGUAUGGUCAGCCGGUUCUCGCCGUCCGUGUUUUGCUAGAGAUGAAGAAAGCAGGAAUCACACCCAACACCAUCACUUACGGCUACUACAACAAGGCGGUUCUGGAGAGCAAGUGGCCCUCCUCCAGCCAGGGCGGGCGACUGCGCUGGGCGAAGCUGCGGAACGUGGUGCUGGCGGUCGCUCAGUUCAGGCAGCCAAUCAAACGGCAGCAGAAGAACGGCUCGCUGGGGUCACACGGAGAGCCGAUGAUGGACAGCAGGCUCCGCCCCCAGUCCAACCUGAUUCGUCAGUCCAGCUGGAGCGGCCUGAGUGACAGCUCCAGUCACGAGUCUCUGACGGGGCCGCUGGUGAAGAGCAACAGCCUGAACAGCAUGAAGACGCCGGCCGAUAAACUGAAGCUGUGUAAGAAGUCCGCCCUCAGAAACGCUGAGACCAAUGGCUGCAGCGACGUCGUGUCUCGCAAACCCCCUCUCGGCCGGCGGGAUGCCGCCACACCUCCUCCGGCUCCCUCUGCUGGUAUCCUGGUGCGGCGAAGUGACGUCUGCCUGUCCACCUUCUACAAGGAAUGUGCCGAGUCAGCGGAUCCUGCGCGGGACUGCUGUCAGCAGGGCCGAGACGGCAGACCGGCGGCACCUCGGGACUCAGUGGCGCGGAGCAAAGUGGUGGAUGAGAACUCCAACCACGUGUCGUCCCCCGGCCGUGGCGGUCUGGCCGGGAAGCUGCAGCAACUGCUAACGCCAACAAGACACAGAGCCUCGGUCCGGCGAGCUGCCAGUGUGGACGACCGCAGACCCGGUGGUGGAGCCAUCGGACGUCGCGUGUCUGAGCAGAGACAGUCCCGGAAGUCUCAGGUGGCCGAGACCCUACUGAAGGCCAAAGAUCGCCUAGUCAACGCCACGUCCGAGAGUUCCCUGUCGGUGGGGAGUGACCUGGACCUGACGGAGACUCCUGCGCCAGCGUAUCCCCUCCGAAGGUCGUGGGACAAUAGUCAAGAGGCUGCAGGACUUGAGGUGUUGAUGUCCAGCUGCUCUCGCUGUCGUGGCUGUCAGUCUCUAGUGUACGACGAGGAGAUCAUGGCCGGCUGGACGUCCGACGACUCCAACUUAAACUCCUCGUGUCCCUUUUGUUCUGCCACAUUCGUCCCCUUCCUCAAUGCCGAGAUCUGCGACCCCGGGCCCCUCAGCAGCUGUGAACGCAGCAACCUCAACAUGGAGGAUGAACUGGACGGCGCGGUGAGGCCCCCUAGUGGUCUUCAAUGUAACGGCUUGAGUGAAGACUCCAGCUCUGACACCAGCAGCUACUCUGAGCCCAGCAGAGCAACCACGUGCUCGUCGGUGGGCGGGGCCCCGCAAGUGACCGUGGCGUACCUGAGCCCUCUGGUGCUGCGGAAGGAGCUGGAGAGCCUGCUGGAGAACGAGGGCGAGGCGGUUCUGGCUCAGCCGCAGCUGCUGGACAGCCACUCCAUCAUCUUCUGGAACCUGGUGUGGUUCUUCCAGCGACUGGGUCUCCCCAACCACCUGCUGCAGCUGGUCCGCGCCUCCUCGCUGGUCAGCCACUUCGCGCAGGUUGUGUUUCCGUCUCAGUCGGAGAGCUCGGGUGUGCGACUGCGCCUCCUGUGGGACACGCUGAGCCCCGACACUGACCAGUGGCCGCCUCUCUACGUCCUGUGGAGACUUCACAGUGGCGCCCCGAUGCGGAGCUACGGGUGGCGCCGGCAUAACCACCCCUUCACCUUGGACUUCCUGGAGGAGGUGCUGCGCUGGGUCGGCAUGAACGAGGUGCACAAAGCUGUGACGCUGUUCCUCGACACCCUGGCCAAACAGCCGGGGUCGCCAUGGAUACAGAGAAGUCUGUACAGAGAGAUUCUGUUCCUCACGCUGGCAGCCAUGGGCAAAGAUCAUGUCGCGGCCUUCGACAAGAAGUACAAGGCAGCCUACUCGCGCCUCAGCAGCAGCCUGAGCCGCGACGAGCUGCGCAGGAAGCGAGUACAGCCUCCGAGCCCCAAGGCCAUCGACUGCCGACGCAGCUUCCACCCGCCGCUCGAAUGCUGAGCUCCUGCUGAUGCCCCCUCAGUGGACGCCGCCUUGAAGCUCUCCGUCCCGACCUCCGUCCAGCCUCGUCGUCGUCGUGAAUCCGCGGAUCUAUGCACCCCAACUUCAGGCUACAUUUUUACUAACCAUCUCUGUGCCGCCGCUCAUCUGGAGGGAAGUGCGAGUUGGGAAUGUCUACGUGGUAAGUUUAGGACAGGAAAAGAAAUGCAGGUGGACUCCCAAACUCGUAGUUAAAAUCAGGUCUGUCUGUUUUCAGGUCAUUUUUUUGUUAUGCCUUCUAUAUUGUGCAUCUAGCUUCUGCUUGUACUUCAAUAUUCUGAAGCUAAAUUCAAUAUCUUCUGUAUUAUUUUGAAAACUAAUCGUGCUAACAUCGAAGUGGUGGUUAGGAAAAUAUCAAACCUACAGAGUGUAUGAAAAACUCUCUGCCCUGCGUAUAUACUCUGAAGGCUUCACUCAACAUUAUAUUCCAUAAACGGCAAAACAUGACCUGAUAACAGAUGAAAAACUUGAAGCGUAAAAAUGAGUCAUUUAGUUAGUCAUGGUGCGUUGACGCCUCCUUACCACAAGGGGCCACCGACGCUGUGGGCUGCUGUGUUGUUUCUGUUGGAGAUAUCUGGUGGGGGAACCCCUGGGCUGAAGACGUUUCUCAACACACUGUUUACAGCAUCUUCAUGCACCACAACGCCUGUAGCAGAUUUUUUUAAAUCUAUUUUUGAGCCAUUUGUGUUGGUGGCCUGCAGUGGUCAGUACCUGGGCUGGUGGCAAUGUUGCUUAAGAUUACAGUGUGAUUGACAUCACCAGCUGGUGUCCAUAUAUCCUUCGAUUUGGUCUCAUUAGGAACAGUGUAAUAAUCUGGACCUCAAAUGACGUUAUUCUGAAACAUCUCCAGUCCGGGUCCGACCCGUCCAGCAUCCAUGUUUACUGAUGAAGAUUCAAACCAGCGACUUGUGCACUGAUAACUGUUGAUCUGCGAUCGAUCAGUUUACGUUGAAGAAUCCUGCAAACUGUGGAGAGACUUUUGAUGGAGCUGCUCCAGAUUUGAUGUUCUCACGUCGGCCGCCGACGAUGAAGGAGUGGUCACGUGAUGUUUUAUGGGAAUAUUUAAAUCCAGAUUAUUGUGUUUGCUGUUGUAAUUUAUAAAUGUGAGUGCAGUCCAGUUGUUUUUAUAAGAAAACGGAAAUAAAAGUCACGAAAGGAAAACAGCU